CGUGCGCAGCAUGGAUUCGACGAUCCUUCGCAUCGACGCGCUCGAAAGCAGCUAGCCGAGCCUGGUUGCUCCCCGCGAAGACGCUGCUGUGUUUUCGCCGCCGCCAUUACCGCGGCGGGAAGAGUCUGCCUUCUGAGACAGCUGGAGGAGGCGGUGGUGACUGGAGUUACUUUACAGAAGGGGGUAUUCCACAUCCGAUUUCUGCGCUCGACAUGGCCAAUGUGCUUUGUAACAGAGCCAGACUAGUUUCCUAUCUCCCAGGAUUUGGCUCCUUGGUUAGGAGGGCUAUCAACCCCAGAGCUUUCUCAACUGCGGGCUCCUCGGGCUCUGAUGAGUCUCACGUGGCUGCUGCACCUCCAGAUGUAUGCACGCGAACAGUGUGGCCUGAUGAAACGAUGGGACCCUUUGGACCUCAGGAUCAGAGGUUCCAGCUGCCUGGAAACAUAGGAUUUGACUGCCACCUCAAUGGCACUGCUUCACAGAAGGCAAACCAGACUGCUAAAGCUUUACCUGAUGUUCUAGUGGAGCCCUUAUCCAGUGAAAGACAUGAGUUUGUCAUGGCACAAUACGUUAAUGAAUUUCAAGGCCGUGAUACACCUGUUGAACAAGAAAUCAACAGUGCAGAAACUUACUUUGAAAGUGCCAGAGUAGAGUGCGCGAUCCAAACGUGUCCAGAACUGCUGCGAAGAGAUUUUGAAUCACUGUUUCCAGAAAUGUCUAAUAGCAAACUAAUGAUUCUGACUGUAACACAAAAAACUCAGAAUGACAUGACUGUUUGGAGUGAAGAGGUGGAAACUGAAAGAGAAAUGCUCUUAGAAAAGUUCAUCAGUGGUGCUAAGGAAAUUUGCUAUGCUCUGCGAGCCGAAGGCUAUUGGGCUGACUUUAUCGACCCGUCAUCUGGUUUGGCAUUUUUUGGACCAUAUACAAACAACACUCUUUUUGAAACAGAUGAACGCUACCGACAUUUAGGAUUCUCCGUCGAUGAUCUUGGCUGCUGUAAAGUGAUUCGUCACAGUCUCUGGGGCACCCAUGUGUUUGUAGGAAGUAUAUUCACUAAUGCAACACCAGACAGCCAUAUUAUGAAAAAAUUAAGUGGGAACUAGCAAGAAUGUCAGUUUAUUUGCGGUACCGUUUGUAUGUAAUAGAUUGAUUGAUAAACUCUGUCAAGGACUCCAGUUUUAAAAUAUACUUAUUUGUAGGUAUUUAUUUUAACAUUUCUGAAUUAGCAAGAUUGACAAUUGAUUUGUGGUAUUUAAAUUUCCAAAUUCAUGUUGAGCACAUCCACAUUGCACAGAGUUUGGCGAUUAACAUGUAGUCUGGGUAUGGUCUCCUCUUACUCCUCCCCUUUAUUGGAAAAGCUUCAAUUUUAAUUAUUUUUCUCCAAAAAUAAAUCAUACUUUUGGUUAUGAUAAUGUGUUUUUUCAUUACAACAUUUUACUGAUUUUAAAGAUCCUUGAGAAGCUCCAAGAUGUUUUUGAAUAACACAGUUGAAAACUAUAAUCCAAAAGAUUUCCCCAUUUGUUAAACAUUCUAAUGCAGUCUUAUUUUUAAAUCAUGCAAAAGUAAUAUAAUAUGUCUUUAUGUAAAUAAAAAGUAUAUAAAUGCUACACAUGCAAAAAAACUAACUCCUGAGAUGACAGAUAAAUACAGUUUAUUUUCCA